GUGCAUCUCAAAGAUGUACGAGUUGAAAGCACCAUUGACCUUAGGUGAAAAGCGGACCGCCGAGUUCAAGUUGUUCCAGGAGCUUGAAAUCCGUGGUAACAAACUUGACGAGAAGAGCAUGGAUCCUGAGUUGUUGGUUGGGCCGACGAGCAAGUUCCUCGAGCUCAUAGGAACGGUCAUGGUGGAACUGUAUCCUUGGAUGGAGACACUGCAUUUGUUCGUGCUGGAUGGCUCGGGCAAAAAUUUACAUGUGGGUGUUCCAGAAACCUUCAUCAGACUUGUGUGGCCAAAUAUCAUCGUGGACAAGACCCGAGCAUUUGGCAUUAUGGACACUCUGUUGAAGACCCUGCAGAACACCGACUGCGAUGAUGUGAAAGCGCUAGAAAGAAAAGCCAAAAACCUCUCAGAGGCCAACAGUUGGAAAUCUUGUUUGAAAGACAAGAUUUAUCACAAGGCCGAUCCCAUUCGGAUGAUCUUCAACGACAGCGUCAGCGAUCCUCCACUGUCAAAGAUCGAAGGCAGGCCGAUAAAACCCUUGUACAUCUACGAGUUCAAAAAUAAGAAUGGAAUACUCGAGAGCUUCGAGUGCAUCAAAGACUUUCCUGACAUUUCUUGCUUCGACUUUUGCAGAUUAACUUCUAUCAGGCA